AUGAACAAAAAAUGGACUUCCCCACCACUUCCCACCACAAUCGCUAUCGUACCUCUACCACCUCUACUAUCAUCUUCACCUCCGCCAACGCCACCACAUCCUCAUUUCUUUAAUACCAAUUUGAGUCUCAACCAUCCACCAUUCCAAAUUGCUUCUACAUUACCCUCAUUCAAUCCAUUCCUCCAUCUCCAUCGUCUCCGAUCGCCGAUUCUUUCUUCCGUUCCUGUCAGUUGUGUUCUUCUGUUCAACACGAAGAAGGCUGUUUGCUUGCGUGGUUGUGGCCUCCAAUUCUAG